AUGGCGGCUGAUAAAAUGCAUGAGCAUUUGCGAUUUGCGCGCCUCUCACUUGAAGGUUUUGCAUUAAUCGUAUUUUUGGUAUCAGGAACAAAUGAUGCAGAAACAGGCAAGGUAUUUUUGGUAUCAGGAAUAAAUGAUGCAGAAACAGCUGCUGAUUUUGAAGUAGUUGGUCUUAUAUUUUUUGUGCGAGUGUUAUCAGUUUUUGCUGUUCGUACAUGGUACGUACCUGAUGAAUUCUGGCAAUCUCUAGAAGUCGCACACUACUUAACAUUUGGCUAUGGAUAUUUGACCUGGGAGUGGCAUGAAAGAAUUAGGAAUUUUUUGUACCCUCUUUCUAUAUCAGUUUUAUAUAAAUGUCUCGAUAUAUUGCAUCUAGACUCUGUUUAUAUGUUGACCACUGUACCAAGAAUUGUACAAGCGAUUUUCACUGGCUUAGCUGAGUAUAAACUCUAUUGCUGGUCUGGCCGUAGUAAGUGGACACUGUUUAUGUGCUUGUCGUCAUGGUUUGUAUUUUAUAUUGGUUCAAGAACUUUGCUGAAUACUGUAGAAUAUGGAAUUGCUUGUAUAGCGAUUACACAAUUUCCAUGGAGAAAUUGCCGGUCAGGAGACCAAUGUAGAUUUUUGUACACAAUCGGGCUUGGAACAGCCAUGAGACCCACUUUUAUAAUACCUUGGAUACCAUUAUGCAUAUAUCAUUUGUAUAAUCCGAAAUUAAUAUUUCUGAAAGAAAUAAUUGUAAGAUAUGUAGUUAUUACAUUGAUAAUUUUAUUUGCAAGUAUAGGUAUAGAUAGUCUAGUCACUCAGAGAUUUUCUCUCACUUGUUGGAACUUUUUAAAAAUAAAUAUUGUGCAAGGAGUUGCAAAUUUUUAUGGAUCACAUUCUUUCCAUUGGUAUUUAUUAAUAGGAUUGCCAACAAUAUUAUCAAUUUCAAUCAUUCCCUUCGCUCUUGCUGCGUAUAGCAUGAUGAAAAAUAAAUUUUCAGACCAUAUAUCUUCAUUAAUGUUAAUAUCGAUUACUUGGAACUUAGUUAUAUAUAGCAUGAUUACUCAUAAAGAAUUUAGAUUUUUAUCAGGUAGCUUACCAAUGAUAUUGGUGGUAACAUCUAAAUAUUUGUCCUUCGUCUGUUCUCUCAGAGCAGUUCCAAAACUUGCCUCAUAUUUCAUAGUGUGCGCAAUCAUGCUUUUCAAUUUGCUUCCCAUGUAUUACUUUAGUUGGAUACAUCAAUCAGGCACUACACUCCUAAUGCCGGCAUUAUUAAAAACUGUAGAAAAUUAUUCAAGGUCCAAUGCAGUCCCCCCAAAUUUACUAUUCUUGAUGCCGUGCCAUUCUACACCAUAUUACAGUCACGUUCACCAAAACUUAUCCAUGAGAUUUCUCACAUGCGAACCUGAUAUUAAAUAUAAUGGAAUAGAAGAUGAAGCUGAUGUAUUUUAUCAGAACCCACAGAAGUGGUUAGAUAUUAACUAUUUUAAUGUUAUAGAUGAUGAAUGUAAAAACAGUUCUUGCAUUGGAAGACAAAAUAUAAAAGAUAAAUUACCUACUCACUUGAUAAUGUUUGAGGAACUCCAAAAUCGGAUUCAUAAAAGUCUGAAGCAUUAUAAAGAAGUUGUAAAAUUGUUUCAUACACAUUUUCCUACUGAAAGAGUCAGUUCGCAUAUAAUAAUUUAUGAAAUUAAAUAAAUUAAAUAGAAAUACUUUCUUUCAUUUUAUUCAAAGGAUUGAUCUUUUGCAAGUAUGAUAGA